AUGGCCACUGCCUAUGCAGGAGACAGAAACGAAAAUAAAGAAGACGAUUCUUGGCGACAUAAAGGUUGCUUGGCAUCGAAACGAAAAAUCCAAUCAAUACGAAAUCUCGCGACAGCAAAAAAAGAGAGAGCUCAUGUGAAAGAAAAUAUGCCUGAAGGAGAAAAAGACUGUGAACCUCCAAGGAAAAUAAAAAACAAGGUCACAACAGACCGUCUCCCAGGAGUAGCUGUCUCUUAUGAUAUGGGCUGGCAAAAAAGGGGAAGGGGACACGUUUCUGCCACUGGUCAUGGGGCUGCCAUGGGUCUUGCCACUGGGAAAGUUGUGAGUUACUCCGCAAGAUGUGCCGAUUUGCUUGUGAUUAUUUGUCUGCUGUUAGUUCCAGCAAAAAUCCACCAAAUUAGAGGUGAACAAUCUGUUCUUGAAGGUGGCAACUUGAAGUUAACAUGCAAAGCAUCCGGUAAACCAGAACCAAACAUCACCUGGACGAAAGAGAAGGCAGGGAAUCAUGGAAAUAGUGUGCUUCAAGUAGGAAAGGUGCUGACUAUAACAAAAGUUAGCAGGAAUGAUUCAGGAACUUUCAACUGUACAGCAUAUAAUGGUUUUGGUGAAGCAGAUAGCCAAACAGUUCAUGUGGAUGUCACUUAUCCACCCAAGAUUGUUAAAUUUAAGACUGAAUAUUUUGUGGAUGUACAACAAAGUGUAACUCUUAACUGUCAAGCAGAAGGAAACCCUCCACCUACUUACACUUGGAUACCCUGUGGCUCAGAGCAAGGUGGUGACAAGAAUACUCUUCAUAUUUCACAAGUUCUUAAUAAUGCCAACCAUACCUGCAAAGUGGCCAAUUUACUUGGAAAUGAUGAAAGAACAGCCAGUGUUUGUAAGUUCCAUUAUGUGCAAGAGGAUCGCAUAAUUGAUGUUCAAAUAGUAACAAUUUCAUUGGCACCACAUGCACAUAUAUGUUGUGGAAGAACUUUAUGCAAACACAUGUAA